ACUUCUUUAAUACCAUUUGCAUAUCCAUGUUCAAAUUGCUUGCUUUCUCACAAAGCAAUCCCCAAAACCAUAGCCAUGCAGCUCAAUCGCCUCUGUAUUGUUUUACCAUCAAAUUCUGGUGAAAUGGAGCAACCUGAAAUGGGUUCACAACAAUCCUUUCAAUCUGCAAAGAAACAAAUUAAGGUCAAACAGUGUCAUAGAGUUUGUGGGGUGCAAGUUCUUGCAUUGCUUCGCAGUUCUUUGAGCAGGUUAUAUGAGUCAAGGUGCUGGAGAACUUGCCAACAUAGAGUGCAGAAAGAAAAGAAGAACUCUGAUGUGUUUCAUGACAUGGAUGGUGUGCAAGUUUCUCUCAAGAUUGGUAGGGAGAAUCCAAGGAUAUUCAGCUAUGCAGAGCUUUUCAUAGGGUCCAAUGGUUUCAGAGAAGAUCAAGUUCUUGGGAGUGGAGGAUUUGGCAAAGUGUACAAGGCUGUUUUACCAAGUGAUGGAACUGUGGUUGCUGUGAAAUGCUGCUUAGCAGAGAAAGGGAAACAAUUUGAGAAGAGUUUUGCAGCAGAGUUAACAGCUGUAGCAGAUCUUCGUCACAAGAACCUUGUCAGGUUGAGGGGUUGGUGUGUUCAUGAUGAUCAGUUACACCUUGUUUAUGACUACAUGCCGAACCUCAGCCUCGACCGCAUACUCUUUCGCCGGCUGGAGAACUUGAAGGCUGAGCCUCUUGAUUGGGGACAAAGAGUGACAAUUGUCAAAGGUUUGGCAGCUGCAUUGUAUUAUCUCCAUGAACAAUUAGAAACUCAAAUCAUUCACAGGGAUGUCAAAACUAGCAAUGUGAUGCUUGAUUCCCAUUACAAUGCUCGGUUGGGUGACUUUGGCAUGGCAAGGUGGCUAGAACAUGAGCUUGAGUUUAAGAAUAGGAAAACAUCAACCAGAAUUGAUUAUUUCCGGUUGGGAGAUACAUCAAAAAUUGGUGGUACAAUUGGGUAUCUUCCACCUGAAAACUUGCAGAAACCAAGCAACGCUACCUCCAAAUCUGAUGUUUUCAGCUUUGGGAUAGUUGUGCUAGAGGUGGUAUCUGGAAGGAGAGCAAUAGAUCUCACACACCCAGAUGAUCAAAUCAUUCUGCUUGAUUGGAUCAGAAGGCUUUCUGAUGAAGGGAAGCUUCUGGAGGCAGCCGAUACUCGGCUACCGGAUAGAUCCUACAAGCUUUCUGAGAUGCAGCAUCUCAUUCACAUAGGCCUACUUUGUACACUCCAUGAACCACAAUUAAGGCCAACCAUGAAAUGGAUUGUGGAAGCACUUUCUGAUCUUUCUUUCAAACUUCCAAAACUCCCUUCAUUUCUCUCCCACCCUUUAUACAUCUCUUUGUCUUCCCCAUCUGAGACUAGUCCCAGCAGCACAAGUGGCACUAGCUAUGCCACAGAGAAUGCUAGCAUAAUCACCAACUAUACUUCAUCCAACUAUGUAACAGCCAUAGGGGAAACUAUGUAUGUAACUGCUGAACACAAAAACAGUGAAAUCAUCUCUUCAAAGAGCAUGCAUCACCAGCCACAAUUUCCUGUGGUUGAAACUCCAAGGGAAAUAUCAUUCAAGGAGAUUGUUUCUGCUACAGAUAACUUUUCAGAGUCAAGAAGGGUGGCAGAGCUAGACUUUGGGACUGCUUAUCAUGGCAUCCUUGAUGAUAGUUGCCAUGUUUUGGUGAAACGCUUGGGGAUGAAGACUUGCCCUGCAUUGCGUGAUAGAUUUUCCAAUGAACUCCGGAAUCUAGGAAGGCUUCGCCAUAGGAAUUUGGUGCAACUUCGUGGAUGGUGCACUGAGCAAGGAGAGAUGCUUGUUGUUUACGAUUACUCAACAAGUAGAAUUCUCAGUCAACAACUCCUCCAUCAUAACAAUAGUAAAAUUGGGUGUUCUGUCCUACAAUGGCAUCACAGAUACAACAUAGUGAAAGCACUUGCCUCUGCAGUUCUCUAUCUUCAUGAGGAAUGGGAGGAACAAGUGAUUCACAGAAACAUUACCUCCUCAGCUGUCAUUCUUGAACCAGAUAUGAACCCAAGACUCAGCUGUUUUGCUCUAGCUGAAUUUUUGUCAAGGAAUGAGCAGGGUCAUCACACAAUCACUGACACAAGCAAAUCAGUUCGCGGCAUUUUCGGUUACAUGUCACCGGAAUAUGUGGAAUCCGGUGAAGCAACCUCUGCGGCUGAUGUUUAUAGUUUUGGUGUGGUGGUGCUUGAAGUUGUCAGUGGACAGAUGGCAGUGGACUUCCGGCAGCCAGAGGUACUUUUGGUGAAGAAGGUUCAUGAAUUUGAGAUGAGAAAAAGACCAUUGAAAGAGUUAGCAGACAUAAGACUCAAUGGAGAGUACAAUAACAAAGAGCUGAUGAGAUUGGUAAGAUUAGGAAUUGCAUGCACCCGUUGUGACCCACAAUUAAGACCAAGCAUGAGACAAAUAGUAAGCAUCCUUGAUGGCAAUGACAAAUUACUUAUCCAGAGAAACAAGGAAAGUAGGGAAGAAUGGAGGCAAAGAAAUGCUAGUUCUUUGUCAAUGAUUAAAAGAAUCCAAGCUCUAGGAAUACAGUAAGAGGUUA